UUCCUACAAGUAAAUUACACUGAGCCAAAAUUCAGGACCCAUACCUAUUCAUCUUUUUCUGUCUCUAGCAGACAGAAUUAGUAGAAAAUCAAAAUUUGGAAACGGCUUUGGACUUUAGACUUUGCCGCGCUGUCUCUGAGUUUGUGGAGUUUGAGGAAAAGGAAAGGCAAAUGGCUUCUUCAAUGGCGAUUAAAACCCUUGCCGCGUUUCCCUUGACACGUUCUCCUUUGACAAAAUCUUUGUCCUCACUUGUACGACUAGUAUCCUUCUCAACAAAGUCGGACGACGACGACGCCAUCCCCACUGCAGGAAUCAGCAGGCCGCUCGCCGACAUUCUCAAAGAACUCAAUAAAAAAGUCCCAGACUCCCUUGUCAGGCUCCGUACCGAAGAUGGCUUCAAUAUCAAAUAUAUCCCCUGGCAUAUUGUGAAUCGGAUUAUGAACCUGCAUGCUCCAGAAUGGUCUGGUGAGGUUCGCAAUAUUACUUAUUCUGCUGACGGGAAGUCUGUAUCAGUCGUCUAUCGUGUAACACUCUAUGGGACGGAUGCUGAGAUAUAUCGGGAGUCUACAGGGACUGCUUCGGUUGAUGAUCCUGGUUAUGGAGAUCCUGUACAAAAGGCUGAAGCGAUGGCAUUUCGACGAGCUUGUGCUCGCUUUGGGCUCGGGCUUCAUCUUUAUCAUGAGGAUUUGUUGUAGAAAGCUAAGGGGCUGCUGCUUUUUCUUUUCCAAUCAAAUGGAAAGGGUAAAGGGACUCUUGUGGUAAAUUUGUCUUUUGGCGGUAGGUAUGGUUCAAAUGGCAUUAUGUUGCUAUUAUUUUGUUUGGAUAGUAGUGAGUCUCUGUCUGAGAGGUAAGUUGAAACAUAUUUUGGCGAUGAACAAACAUUGUUUUGCUUGGUAGGUAAUUUUGAUAUAAUUUAAGCCUAUUGAUUAGAGGCUUGUGGUUAAA